AACGCACAGAGAUCGAACGAGACACAGACAUAGACACAGACACAGACAUAGACACAGACACAAACAAAGACACACAAAAUGGCGGUUCGUACGAGACGAAGCAGAGGGGGAAAGAACGAGGAGGAGCUGGAGGCAAUCCCGCAGAAGGCCAAACCGGACCAAACAAGCUCCGUCCCGGUGGAAGAGGGGGACCAGGAAAACGACGAAGCAGAGGAGGAGGCGAGAAACACAGACUCCUCGGACGCCGGAGAAGACAACGGCAACGACGAUGAUGAUGCCGACAACGAUAGCGACAACGACGACGGCGAAAACACCAACGACAGCGACAGCGACCACGACGGCUCCGGAACCGGAACCAGAGGGGCCAUCCCGUCCACACCGGCGGCCCCCGGCCAGAGGGCCGGAACGCCAGGGGGGAACGGGCCCGCGAAACAAAAGAAGAACGCCCUGACGCACCUGGUGCCCGGGUACACGGCGCGGAUGAAGCUGGAUUCCUCCUCGCUCGACCGGUACCGGUGCGGGAUCGGGGAGCUCGGGAGGAGGGCGGAGAAGGGGGACGCCUCGACCAGGGGCUUUGUCCGGGAGGCCACGGCCUCCAAGGCGGGGUCCGCCAUGUCCUCUCGCAGGGGCGGCUUUCUCCCCUCCUCGUACGAAGCGUCCUACUCGCACUUCAAGAAGGGGACCAGGGCGGCCCCCGACACCUCGGCCGGGAGGGGCUGGUUCGGGAUGAAACCGGCGGCCAUGACGGAGGAGCUCAGGACGGACCUGGCCAUCAUCCGAAACCGGACCUACCUGGACCCGAAGCGCUUUUACAAGUCCUCCGACAAGCACCACUCGGUGGUGCAGGUGGGGACCGUCGUCGAGGGCGCCUCGGAGUUCUACUCCUCCCGCCUGGCCAAGAAGGACCGGAGGGCGAACCUCACCGAGGAGCUCAUGGCCGAUGCGGCGACCGCGAGCUACGCGAAGGACCGCUUCCGCAAGAUGGCCAGGGAAAAGGCCUACCAGGCCGAGCUGCGGAAAACCAGGCCCAAGAAGAAGUCCCGCAAGUUCUACUAGGAGGGGGCGCGGCACGGCUUGGCGCGGAGGUCGGUGGUGGUUUUGGUUUUGGUUUUGGUUUUGGUUUUGGUUUUGGUUUUGGUUUUGGUGGCUGUUGCUCAUCCAUUUCCCUUUCCAUUACCGCCGGUGCUGUUUCUUUUGGGCUGUCGGGUGUCCUUGCGGUUUUCCACCAACUAGAAUAGAACAUGUAACAGUAA